AUGCUCGAGUCAGUAUUCCCCGUCAUUGCCAACAACUGGCCUAUCGCAUUAUCGAUAUUGUUGGUAGGCUACCUACUUAGCAACUACUUCAACCAUGGCCUGAACAAGUAUCCGGGACCUUUCCUCGCCAAGUUCACGAAUUGGUGGAGAUUCUUUGAUGUUUACGGGAGACGGCCGGACAUCACUCACCUCAAGUUGCAUCGCGAAUUGGGAGACGUCGUCAGGCUAGGACCCAACAGCCUCUCCUUCGCCAACCCAAAAGCCUUGAAGACGAUAUAUGGACUGAACAAGGGAUUCACAAAGUCCGAUUUCUAUCCCGUUCAACAAGCCGUGAAGGAAGGCAAGCGGUUACCGUCCUUGUUCUCGACCACAGAUGAGUCGUACCAUGCCAACUUGAGACGAUCCGUCAACAAUGCAUUCUCUAUGAGCCAGUUGGUCCAGUACGAGCCGGCUGUCAACGAGACCAUUGAAAUCUUCUUGGACCAGACCGACAAACUGUACGCGAAACCAAACAGAAUAUGUGACUUUGCAGAAUGGCUCCAGUUUUUCGCAUUUGACGUUAUUGGACAAAUUACCUACAGCAAGCGACAUGGCUUCUUGGAAAGAAAUGAGGAUGUCGACGGCAUGAUUGGCUAUCUUGGGAAGCUCUUCUCUUACGUCGCUCCGGUCGGUCAGAUGCCGUGGAUCGAUUUGCUCUUCUUGAAGAACCCCUUGGUUUUGCUCCUCGACAAGCUCGGUGUCAAACUAUUCGCCUUUCCCAUCACUAAAUUCGCUUUCGCGCGUAUGAAUGAGCGUCUGACCGAGAUAAAGGCCCAAGGUCGGGAAAAUGGCACCAACAAACCAGACCUUUUGUCCAUGUUCCUCAAGGCCCAGACCGACCGUCCUGAGUUCAUGACAGACCAACGCGUCUUGACCAUGGCGGUAUCCAUGGCCUUUGCCGGGUCGGAAACCACAGCCAUCAGCCUGGCUGCCGUCUUCUACUACCUCCUCCGCAACCCGCACUGCUACGAGAAAGUGAUGGCCGAGUUGAACGACGCCGUCAAGGAGGGUAGGAUCGAAAACAGACCUAGUGGAACGGUGUCUUGGGCGGAGUCACAAAACCUGCCGUACCUCGACGCGUGCAUCAAGGAGGCUUUCAGAAUGCACCCUGCCGCUGGACUGCCCCUGGAAAGAAUCACCCCUCCCCAGGGUAUCGAGAUCGACGGACAUUUCAUUCCCGGUGGUACGAUAGUCGGAUGCAACGCGUGGGUCAUUCAUAAACGGGAAGAAAUCUUCGGCGAUCAAGUCGACAGCUAUAUUCCCGAACGAUGGCUGGAGGCUGGCAAAGAGCAACUGAAGGAGAUGAAUGGUACCUUGUUUCAAUUCGGCGCCGGUGCGAGGACGUGCAUUGGCAAGAACAUCAGUCUGUUGGAGAUGUACAAGCUUGUGCCGUCAUUUCUGAGAAGGUUCGAGGUUCAAUUUGACGACCCAACCAGAGACUGGAAGUUGCAUAAUGCAUGGUUUGUAAAGGAGCAUGACUUUUACUGCCGAUUUCGACCUCGGAGUUUGAAAGCAUAG